AUGGAUACCGGUCACGUACAGCCCUAUGCCGUCAGUCAGGGUGACCACACCGAACACGCGGGCUACCAUGCGCCGCUUGAAGCCCUCGCCAAGCUCGACUACCGAAUCAAACAGCUGAAUGCAGCAAUCGAGAGCAAGUCGGUCGAAUACUCUCCCUGCUGA